AUGUCCAGCAAUACAUCAUCACAAGUUGGAGACAAAAAAAUUGACGACACACGCUCAGAAGAUCCAUCUCAUCCAGGAAUGUCAUCCGAUCCUGCUGAACGUGGCAAAGAGCUAGGCGAAGAAAAUGCCUGUGGUGGCCACAGUGUAGGCACAGGUGGUCAUGGCAAAAGCAGCGGCUGUAGUAGUAGACAACGUGUCGGUGGUAAACACUCGACGGAUAUGUUGCAGUUCACCGAAGAGGAACUACAUCCCGGCAUGAAUCCCGAUCCGGCAGCGCGAGGUGCUGAAUUGGGCCGUGAAAAUGCGCAAGGUAAUCAUAGUGUGGGCACCGGUGGACAUGGAGUGAGUGAAGACAAAAUUUUUCAAGCGACAAACGAGUGA